ACACGUUAGCUACAGCAAUAACUAUCAUUACUUUCACACUCAAAUUCUCGGUUUCCAUAUGUUUGAAAUAUGUGUUCAAGUUCAAAUCUUGCGAAAACUAUUUCAAUAUCAUACGUAUAAAAGGUAAUUUCUCUUUUUACAUUAAUCAGACUAUCGGUGUCAGUUGGCAGUGUUUGCUGAAGUGUGUUUAAAUAAUGUUGAAGGUUGCGUGCAUAGCGGCCAUCUUCGCGCUUGCUGCCUCUCGUCCACGGGGUGGCUUCGGAGAUAUCGGUUAUCAGUUUCCGUACUCGUCACAGAGUAUAAAGCUGCAUCCCGAUGAGGACGAAGAUCUCAACCACAUGCAUCACGAUUUUGAAGAACAUCAUCAUCACCUUGAAGUUUAUCAUCCUAUACAAGAAAUACAUGAAAAACAUCACGUCAUAGAACCGCCAAAGGUUCAUGAAGAUAUCUUGGAAUUACCAAUGCUAGAUCAUAAGAAACAUAUGGAAAUGCCAAAAAAACAUAAUGAAAAACACUCAGAAAUGCAUCAUGAAAAACAUCAGAUGCCAACUAUGAUGAUGCAUCAUGAAAACCAUAAGGACCACGAAAAGCCCAAGAUACAUCACGAAAAACAUAUGGAAAAACCAAAAAUGCAUAAUGAAAAACAUCAUAUACCCAUGAUGAUGAUGAUGCACGAAAUGUUGAAACAGCAUGAAGAAAAUAAAAUGCAUCAUGAAAUGCCGAAAAAAGACGAGAAGCAUAAGAAACAUGAAAAGCAUCAUGAGGAACAUUAUGAAGGGGAUGAAAAUAAACAUGAAGAGAAACAUAAAGAAGAGCACAAAAAACAUCACCACGAAGAACAUCAUCCUUUUCAUAAAAAGUACGAGUAUAACUAUAAAGUAGAAGAUCCUCAUACUGGAGACUUCAAGACUCAUCACGAAUCUCGGCACGGUGACUUGGUACACGGCUUCUACACGAUCCACGAGGCUGAUGGAACCACUAGAAUCGUCGAAUACUCCGCCGACAAGCAUGAUGGGUUUAAAGCAACCGUGAGGCACGAAGGUCAACCGACACACGCUGCAUGA